AUGUCAGCAGAGGCCGAGCUCCAGCCGGGUUUCAAAACCAUCCAACGAAAGGAGUUGAGGAGGCUCAAAGGUCAGGAUCGCACCGAGGCAGGGCUUAUCAAGCGUUUCCGUGGAGAUGGUGUGCGCUAUAAAGCCAAGCUGAUUGGGAUUGAUGAAGUGACAGCAGCACGUGGGGACAAGCUGUGUCAGGACUCCAUGAUGAAGCUCAAGGGUAUGGCUUCCUCAGCACGUUCCAAAGGGGAGCACAAGCAGAGAGUCUUCUUGACAGUCUCUUUCGGUGGGAUCAAGAUUUAUUGUGAAAGAUCAGGGGUGCUCCAGCAUCAGCACUCAGUCCAUGAAAUCAGUUACAUUGCCAGGGACACCAGGGACCACCGGGCUUUUGGAUAUGUUUGUGGAAAAGAAGGCUCCCACAGGUUUGUCGCCAUCAAGACUGCCCAAUCGGCGGAGCAUCUCAUUAUUGACCUGCGAGACCUCUUUACACUCAUCUUUGACAUUAAGCAGCGGGAGGAGUUGGAAAAAAAGGCUCAUAAAGACAAACACUGUGAUCAGGCGGUCUACCAGACCAUCCUUGAAGACGAAGUAGACGAUCCAGUUUACCAGUACAUAGUGUUUGAGGCUGGACAUGAACCCUUCCAUGGCCCCCAGUCAGAGGAGACUGUUUAUCAGGUCCCAAGCAGUCAACAGAGGGAAGGGAUCUAUGAUGUCCCAAAACGCCAUUUCAUGACUAAUAUCAACCACUUUGAUCUUUUUGGGGACAUGUCAACUCCUCCUUCGAUGCCGCCGUCACCUGCCAACUCACUGGACCCAAGCAGGAGCAGCCGGCAGCAGCAGCAGCAGCAGCAGCAGCAGCCACACAACCCUGCAGAUAUGUAUGCCCCUUUCAGCUCCACGUCUGUGCCAUCUGGUUAUAUGACCAUGGGCCCAGUGCAGUCAUCCCAGUGGGCCCAGCAGCCGUUUCAUGGCCAGUCUCAGACUCUCGCCUUCCCCGUACAAGGUUCUCUGCAGGUUGCUCAAGUCCUUCCUGGUGGCCAGCCUAUCCUCUGGAGCCAGGCUAACAUAUUCCGAGCCACCCAGCAGCAAUGGGCAGCCAUGGCAGCAUACAUGCCGGCCGAGACUAUGAGUGUGGGGAGCCACGCAGUUCAGGCUGCCAUGCUCCAAAGCUUAGUGCCCAUUCCCACCAUGUGCUCCCAAGCCUGCAACCUUUCCUCCCCCUCCUCAGCAAUCACCAGCCCACAGCACACAGCUGACUCCAUCCCGCUUCAGAGGCAGCUCAGCCUGGGAAAAGACAGCUUAAGCAUUGAUUUGGAUGCAGGGGAAGGCCCGUCUACAUUGGGGUCCAGUGGGAUGCCAGUGAACAGGUGUGCAACCCCAGGCCUUGUUGACGCAACUGACAGCCUUGUUGGGAGUCAACUACCGUUGCCCCCUGCUGCUGCCACGCAAGAAGAUGAAGGCAGUGACCUUGAUUUCUAUCGAAUGACUUUAAGCGCCACUUCUCCAUCUACUGAAUCACGACUGGAUGGAAUAACAGGAGGAAUACUCAAGGCAGAUGCUGACCUACUAGCAACAGUCUUCACAGAAAUUCUUCAAGCUGUCACUGGAACACGGCAUCAUUCCAACCGGGCUAAAAUCUGUCACCAUCAUCAUUGUCCACAAAAAGUCACCCACAAAAAAACCUCCAAGAGAGUCAUCCUGGAUUUCUGGCAGCACAAAACACGACUCCCCCUGUACGAAAGCGUGGAGCAAGUGGAGUCCUUCAAAUUCUUGGGGUCCACAUCUCUGCUGACCUCUUCUGGACAAUCAAAACCACCACACUCGUUAAGAAGGGGCAUCAAAGGCUACACUCCUUGA